UCACCAGUGCAUUCUGAAUCAUGAAAACCUUCUUUUUCGUUCUCGCCGCCGUGGUGGCCUGCGCCUUUGCUCAAGAGGAGAAGUACGGACCUCCCGCUCCCUACCAGUACAGUUACGCCACCGAGGAUCAAGAAGGAUCUUCGACCGCCGAGGAGUCUACCGAUGGUUCCGGUCGUGUGACGGGCAAAUACACGAUCUCGUUGGCCGAUGGACGCCAGAGGACUGUUACCUAUUACGCCGACGAGACCGGUUUCCACGCCGAUGUAAUCACCAACGAGCUCGGAACCGAGUCCAAGAACCCCGCUGACGUCACGAUCCAGUCGUCUGCUCCCACUGGACCCGAAGCCGCUCUCCAGUUCGAGUCCCAGAGAGUCAAGGCUAAGGCCUCAUACAACGUUCCGGUCUACGCUCCUGUCCACGCGCGAUUCUGAAGCCUCUAGUCUAGAGUCCGAAGCGAAGCUUUCUGAUUUCGCGUUCCUCUCCUAUCUCUCUCUGGAUGAAUGUUCCUGAAAGUUUGAACUUCGUCACUGUCAUCUCUGUACAUAUAGACCUACCUACAUUGUCACCUCACUCUUCUAGUCUCGCCAGAAUUCCCACGUGCCAACAAUAAACUCUUUUAUUUUU